CUGACUGCAGAGGAUGGGCUGUAAAGAGAUUAAGCUGUUGUGUUUUUAUGUGGCACAAAGUUUGUGUGUGUUAGAGCCACAUUUGUAGAUCUAUAGCUGUACUCUGGUCACAAGACCUUGUAAUAAGCAAAAAUUGUCUUGCCCCUACAGGGGUGUCGGCAGACAUGUUCCGGCCAUCGGGGGUUUCAGACAGGAAUAUCCGUGAGGUUCUGUCUGAGAAUACAGAGCUGAAGAAAUUCCAUGAGCAGAUGAGACGAGAUGUGCAGACUAUCCUGAGCAGACAUGAGGCUGUCCAUGUGCGGGCAGCUACGGAGGAAUCCACAGGGUCCAACAAACGAGUUGCGGCAGGACGGUCAAGGCCCACCCGUGUUGGGGAAGCUGGGGUUACAGGAGGCCUUAAGAAGCAGUGGAACAGCUUUAAGCAGCUGGUGGAGUCUCUGGAAGCCAGAGCGAUUCACGAUGGUGUGAGUCAUGUGAUUAGCGUAACGGACCAUGAGAAGGAACUGACGCGGCUGAAGAAAGAGAUGCAGGAACUGAGAGAGGAACUGGGACAGAGCCGGGAACUGAUAAGUCAUCAGCAGCAAUUAUUGCAGGAUCAGAUGGUACCACAGCCCGGGGAAGGCCAGUCCUCUCCUCUGUGGGAUGCUUACUUCUUGGAGGAGCAGCUGAGGUUAGAGCAGGACCUGGCCACGUUCGAGGAGCAGAAAAUGGCCUUCCAGGAUGAGAGGGAUAAGUUUACAGAGGCAGCCAUCCGCCUAGGCCGAGAGCGUCUCCAAUUUGAAGCUGAUCAGGCCCUCUUCAUGAAGCAACAGUUCUUGAAUAUGACCCCUGGUCUGGGGACACCCCCCUGGAAGAAGACUCCCCCCUGGUCUGCACUAGGUACAGACACUCCAAGCAGGACUCCCGCCCAACUUAAAAAGCAAUUCACCCCCAAUCGCUCCAGUGCUGGCAGACUGCAGAAAGGGCUGACGUCUGCCGAUCCUAUGACCCCCAGCACCGCUGAGCUGUACAGAGUCCUGCGACUGGCUCCUCCCAGCAGGUCGUUGGAGUCUCGUUCCUGUGAGAGCAGCAGCCAGCCAGACACAUCUGAGGACAGCAGCCGGAGAUGGAGUGACAGUCUGUCACCAAGGAGUGAGUCUCCAGAGCUCCUCCAGCCUCUUCCAGCAUUUGUUGCACCUCUCAAACUGAGCAUGACUCCAUAUCUUCUCCCCAGGACCACACCCGGGUGCCAUUCUCGUGGCCACACUGACCCGCGGACGCCCAGCACUGCAGAGCUGUACAGAAUGCUGCGGCUAACCCCUGCCGACAGUGUAUCUUCUGGACAAAAGAGGCGAGGGGACGUACUCCGCAGGUCCAUACUGCAUCAGUCUCACCGUAGAGCUAGCCUCAACAAAGCAGCAGGGCCCCUCGGCUCCAAUGAGAAUGCAGGAGGCGGUGAACAACUGUCUGGGUGUCCUACUGAAUCUGCUGAGGCAGAGUACGAGACGGAUUCCCUGCAUUCUGAAGACAGCAGCCAGACAUUGGGGGAUGGAGACACUCCUACCAGCGAGGGGUUGUCUCUUCCCAGAGACCACUUGGAAUGCUUAGACAGUGACUCCUUGUAUAGAGUAACUCCUCUACAAGACUCCUCACCCCUUCACCUUGGAGAAUAUGUACCCGAAGUUCGUGUGGACUCUUCCUAUUGCAGUCAGAGUCCUGCAUCUACCACCCAUUUGAAGAGCAAUCAAGCGGCUUGUCCAUGUGAGGAGCUAUUUGACAAACUGGCUAAUGGGCUCCAUACUAAUGGCAGCCUCAGAAGUAGACGGAUGGAGAAGGGGAAUUCUAGAGGGCAGUGUAACUGCAGGUCUCAGGAGACCCUUCACCCUAAAGACACAGGUAGAAGUAGGUUGGGUGAAGGCCCUCGCCCUGGAGAGGGAGGCAGAACCAGGUCAAGAGAGAGUUCCCGUUCUAGAGAUGGGUGUACGACUAGCUCUAGGGAAGAUUGUGGAAACCGCACUUUUGACUGGCCAAGUCCAUCUCUCUACUUUGAAAAUAAUUGUGAUGCUCAGAAUAGUGAGGUCCCCCAUCAUAGCAACGCCAAGAGGAGGAGGUCUUUAGAUUCCCUCCACCACAUGUCUGGCUGCAAGAGCCAGCCGAGGGAAAGCUGCCAGAGCCGCUCAGCACGCAGGAGGUCGUCCCAUCAGCAGAGAGACUCCUUGUACACCUCCGGUCCCGGUCGCUCCCCUCUCCACUUCAGGCGCUCUUGUCCCUCAGCCUGCAAUUCUGGGCCUCUAAGUAAAGAACAAGUUGAUGCAUGCAACCUCCGUUCAGACUUGCUAACAUUAUUCCUGGCCUGUGACCAUUGAGGAACUCACCUUCUCCCAGGGCCAUGAGAUUGGUGUUCUUAGGGAUGGUAAAAAAAUUAGCACGUUUUUUCUUUUCUUUUUUUACUUAUAGAAUUAACCCCUUAUUUAUAACGACUUGUCACCUCUCUUGCUGGAAGGGUCGGAUACAAUACACGUGUGAGAAAAGCACUAAUUUGUGAUGCAGGUCAGGCGACAUGAAGUCCACCAGCUAUUUACCGGUAGACCCUGCCUGCUUUUUGUUGCGUAAAGUUGGCCUGCAGGAUGGUGUUUUGGUUUUCUUUGGUUUAUUUGUUUGGAUUUUUUUUUUCCUGCAUUGAAUGACUUUAUAGAGCACUGAUCACCUGCACUGUUGGUAUUGCAUAAGAAGCACAAAUUCAUUUGGAUUUUAACUGUGUUAAUAAACUCUCUCAACCUUUUACCUUUA